GAAACGUCAUCACCCGCUCAAGGUUCCGCCUUACAAAUGGCCUAGGCACAUUCUCCUUCCUCCACAGGCCAAAUGCACUGCAAUGUUUUGGACUUGGCCGCGAGAAGGUAGCCGAGUCUGAGCCUCUUUCCCUGAGAGCCUGCGGGAUCUCGUCACGAUCCAUUUCAAGGAGAAACGAUGGCCCACUUUCUGUGGCCGGAGCCGCUGUCAAGCGCGCAGCUCAAGCGGCUGGAGGAGCACAAGUACAGCGCCUCGGGUCGCUCCUUGGUGGAGCCGCCGUGUCAGAUCUAUUGGAACUGGCUCGUCCAGCAAAUCCCGACGUGGGUGGCCCCGAACACGCUCACUAUCGUGGGCCUGUUGGUCAACAUUGUCUCCACGCUUCUGCUCGUGCUUUAUUGCCCCACGGCCACGGAGGAGGCUCCAGCGUGGGCUUUCAUCCUGAGUGCACUGGGUCUCUUCGUGUACCAGUCUCUGGACGCCAUCGACGGCAAGCAGGCCCGCCGGACCAACAGCAGCUCGGCCCUCGGCGAGCUCUUUGACCACGGCUGCGACGCCGUCUCCACAGUGUUUGUCGCCGUGGGCACGUGCAUCUCCUGCGGGAUCGGCCACUACCCCCACUGGAUAUUCUUCUGCGGCUUCAUCGGGAUGUUCAUGUUCUUCUGCGCCCACUGGCAGACCUACGUUUCAGGAACUCUUCGCUUUGGCCUGGUGGAUGUGACCGAGGUGCAGUUGGCCAUCAUCGUCAUGUACCUGAUGUCCGCCUUUGGUGGGGUGAGCCUUUGGCAAACCACGCUGCCCCUCAUCGGACUGCAACUCUACGUCUUCCCCAUCAUGGGCAUCAUCGGCGGGGCCGUCUACUCCUGCCACAACUACUUCCACGUCAUUCUCAAUGGCGGCGUGGGUAAAAAUGGCUCCACUGUGGCGGACACCAGCGUGCUGAGUCCCGGCUUGCACAUCGGCCUCAUCCUCACGCUGGCCUUCAUCAUCUUCAAGAAGUCAUCCAGUCAGCUAUUUGAGCACCACCCCUGCCUCUACCUUCUCGCCUUCGGCAUGGUCAUCGCCAAGAUCUCCAACAAGCUUGUGGUGGCGCACAUGACCAAGAGCGAGCUCCACCUGCCGGACACGGCCUUCAUCGGCCCGGGCCUGCUCUUCCUCAACCAGUACUUCAACAGCUUCGUCGACGAGUACGUCGUCCUCUGGAUCGCCACGGUGCUCUCCCUGGUGGACCUGACGCGCUACUGCACGGGGGUGUGCCACCAGAUCGCCGGCCACUUGCGCAUCCGCGUCUUCAGCAUCACGCCGCCCGGCCCCGCCCACCGCGACUGACGGCUUGCCCGGCGGGAGGAGGCGGAGGGCGACGCGGACCGCUCCCCGCUCCUGAAAGCAGACGACGAUGACAUCGAGAAGAGACCCCGCACCUCAAGCCUUGACCGAGUGAUCACCUCUGCCUAAAAAAAAAAAAAAGAAAUCAAAUAAAAACUUGCCCAAAGUUAAAAAAAAUGCUCAAAAACAAACAUCUGAAAUACCAAAGUUUUUUUUUUUUUAACAUUUUUUUAAAUCGGUCAAUACAGUGAUUGUGACUAAAUGCGAUCAAUCGGGGUGGAUUAAAUGAGGAUUAAAAAAAAAAAAAAAGAUUUCCGAUGAGGUGUUUUGGUCAGCGGGCUACUUAACGCGUUUUCAUGUCAUCGCCAUUUGUUCUGCUUUCUGACUUCUUCUCCCUUAAGGGCUAAUAAUGAAUGUUGUGAUUGUAUACAAUUCGCCUUAAUUCAUUUUCUUGUAAUUACAAAAAAUAAUAAUAAUUGUGAAUAUUGCAAACCAAAACUUUCUAUGUGUUUUCCACUGACAACUGCAAUAGAGAAGCUUCCCUUUCAUCGGAUUGACACAUUUCUCCUCCAGCGAAUCGGAUGUGCUUAUUCAGGUUGAUGGGAUUCCUUCUUCUGUGGUAGCGCUUUCAUAUUUUUAGGUUCCGUUUUCUACUCUGGAAAAUGUCCUUGUUUUGAAAUGUACGACCGCCAUUUUUCACUGCUCACUAAUACAACUGGAUGGCAAAUUUUUACUAACAAGAAUUUGUGUGUAGGAGUUUGUAAUAAAGAAACUAUUUUUCAUGCA